AUGCCUCAGCUCAAUGGACAGGAAGUUGGCCAGAUCGGCUAUGGCCUUAUGGGCCUUACCUGGCGCGCGCAGCCCUGUUCCGAGGAACAAGCCUUCGAGGCCAUGCGUACCGCACUCAAGAACGGCAACAACUUUUGGAACGGCGGAGAAUUUUACGGAACCCCAGAGUACAACAGCAGUGUCUUGCUAGAGCGCUACUUUGCCAAAUACCCCGAGGACGCCGACAAGGUCGUCCUUAGCAUGAAGGGCGCCGUCAACCUCGCGAAUCUGCACCCGGAUGGCUCGCCCGAGGGCAUCCGUACCUCUCUUGACAAGAUUAUUGGACAGCUCAAAGGCCGCAAGAAGGUCGACAUUUUCGAGUGCGCACGCCGCGACCAGAACACGCCUCUAGAGGUGACCUUUGGCGUCAUCCAGAAGGAGUACAUCGACACGGGUAAGGUCGGCGGCAUCUGCCUCUCCGAGGUCUCUGCCGCAACAAUCCACGAGGCUGUUAAGCAUGCGAAGAUCGUCGGCGUCGAGGUGGAGCUCAGUCUCUUCUCGACGGAUGUCCUCGACAACGGCGUCGCUGCGGCAUGCGCGCAGUACAGCAUUCCGAUCAUCGCCUACUCACCCGUCGGCCGCGGCAUGCUCACGGGCCAGAUCAAGACACUCGAUGACAUCCCCCAGGACGACAUGCGCCGCCACUUCCCACGCUUCAAGCCUGAAACGUUCGACAUCAACAUUAAGCUGGCUGAGCAGGUCGCGGCGCUGGCGAAGAAAAAGGGUGUCACCCCGGCGCAGCUGGCCAUCGGCUGGACGGUGGCACUGUCGAAGCGGCCCGGCAUGCCAGUGAUCAUUCCGAUCCCCGGUGCCACGACGGCAGAAAGAGUUGAAGAGAAUGCAAAGUUGGUUGAGCUUACCGAUGAGGAGAUGGCCGACAUCGACGCGACAUUGGCCAAGUUCGAAGUCGCCGGCGGUCGUUACCCUGACGGGGCACCCGUCAACACCUAA